AUGGUCUCCUUUACCAAGCUGUUCACUGCCGGCCUCGUGGCCACCUCCGCUAUCGCCGCCCCCGUGCAGCAGGCUAAGCGCACCUCCUCUAGCAAGCGCGGUGCUGCCUACAACGACAUCGCCACCGUGUCUGCCCUGAGCUCCAGCAACACCAUUUCCUGGGCCUACAACUGGGCUGGUUCUCUCUCCGGCUCCCUGCCCACCGAUGUCGAGUUCGUCCCCAUGCUCUGGGGUGCUAAGGACUUCGGCGGCUGGGUCACCACCAUCCAGACUGUCCUCUCCAGCGGUAGCAAGUACAUCCUGGGCUUCAACGAGCCCGAUAUGGCCUCCCAGGCCAACAUGAGCCCUUCGGAUGCCGCCAACUACUACCAGACCUAUAUCACCCCCUACUCUGGCCAGGCCAAGCUCAUCACUCCCGCCACGAGCUCCUCCACCAAUGAUGGCCAGGGUCUCAGCUGGAUGAACUCCUUCUUGGACUCCUGCUCUAGCUGCGGCAUCACUGGCAUGGCCGUCCACUGGUACGGUAACACCGCCGACGAGUUCAAGUCCUUCGUCACCGAGGCCAUCAGCACUGCUAGCAGCCACAACCUCUCCGAGGUCUGGAUCACCGAGUUCGCCCUCGCUGCUGAUAUCAACGGUUCCUCCGAUCUGGCUACCACCGCUGCUUUCCUGAGCGAGGUCAUCCCUUGGCUCGACCAGCAGACCGGUGUCACUCGCUACUCUUACUUCAUGUGUGCUGAGAACUAUCUGCUCUCCGGCAGCGCUCUCAACCAGGCCGGUGUUGCUUACACCUCCGCCUCUAGCUAA